AUGUCCGGCAACAACACUCCCAACAAUAGCUCACCUGCUCCCUUCGAUAUGACUGCUUUUGCAGCCGCUAUUACCACUGCCUUUGUUCAGGCUCAGUCUCAGUCUCAGCAGUCAUCCCCUCCGGCUACAAACCCCUCUGGCACAGCUGGCCCUGUGCCCACAUCUGUUCUAUCUGGCUUCACUCCCCCUAUGUCGAGUCCACCACCCUCUAUUCUCUUCAAGUUCCCACAUGUUGAGCCCGUCAUCCUUUCUGCUAUCCUUUUUCAUGAGUUUCGCCCUGCCGACUUGUGGAAGCUGGACCCCAAGCAUCGCAACCGCCCAGAGAGGCGUAUUCUCUCUGCUGGAGAGGUCGAAUAUCAGUCUGCCAACUCCGACAUUGUCCCAAUGCAGAUUUAUUUCUCCGUACUGCUUGCUGCGUACACCCAGUCUGGGGCUACUGCCACAUCUGUUUCCGAACUCGCUAUCGACUUCCACUCCUACACCGCUCACCUUCUCACCUUCGCUGCCGAGUACCGGUGGAAGGCUGUCCUCCAGUAUCACACAGACUAUUAG